AUGGACGACAACGUAAACCCCUUCGCCGCAGAGCCAGUCGCCAGUCCAGAACCCUCCCCGGCUCUCUCGCGCACAACAUCCCAUUCGUCGUCCCAGCCGUCCCGCUACACUGCCUCGUCCCCGCCCCCGACAGAACGCGCAAGCUUCCCAGACCCAACCAAAGAACCUCGCCGCGGCACAAGCCGUCUCGCCGGUCCCAAGCCCAAGGAGGACUUCUGCUGCGAGCGCGACAGGCAGAUUGCACGCGGAGACGAGAUUAGCAUCAUUGACGCCUUUAAGACUACCGAGGGCGGCAAAUCGAGCUACAUCACCUAUGUCAUCCGUCUGGGCAGCUACACCACUCGUCGCCGCUACUCGGCGUUCCUCUCGCUCCACCAGGCUCUCACCGGUCUCUACCCCGUGCUCAUCAUCCCGCCGAUUCCUUCCAAGCAAGCCAUCACCGACUAUGCUAUCAAGGGUCAAUCCAAGACCAAGGAAGACUCGACGACAAUUGCCAAGCGCAAGCGUCUCCUCGAAGACUUUCUCCGCCGUAUUGUGCGACACCCUAUUCUGGGUGGUGAGCACAUCUUCCACCGCUUCCUGGAGGACGGCGUCAGCUGGUCCGAGGUCCUCCACUCUCCUCCAAUCUCAUUGCUCCCCAAGAACCCCUUGCAUGCUCCCUCCCACAACCCUACCUUCCAAGAGUCCGAGGCCUCAGACGACCCGUCCACGUCUUCGUCGUACAUUGCCCACCACCUGCUGCCCACCCCGUCGCCCAGCCACCCGCUCCAUCGCCCAGAUCAGCGAUUCUCAGAGUCCGAGCUGUUCACCGACAGGUUCCAACAGCAUUUCCAGGGCACGAUGGAAAAGGUCAAUCGUCGGGUCGCCAAGCGUUGGGGCGAGCGUGCUACAGACAUGAGCGAGCUCGGCGCCCAGUGGAAUGGAUUCAGCUUGACAGAAUCGGGUGCUCUCGGCAACGCGAUCGAAAAGGUCGGCCAGGCAGUAGAUGCCGACUAUCUGGCCACAACACAGCUGCUUAAUGCUUGGGAAAUCGACGCAACCGAGCCUCUGCACGUGUAUUCCCAGUUUGCCCAGCUCAUCCGCUCGCGUCUGAGUUUCCGCCACCAAAAGCAUGUGCAGUACGAGCUGGUUCAAGAGGCCCUCGAGAACCAGCGCGACAAGCUUGAACUCCUUGAGGCUGCUGAGCGCGAGUCCCGUCGUCUCGAACAGGCGCUGGAACGUGGCGGUCGCAUCUCGUCAACUUCGCCCAACGCAGCCGGCUCGCCUCCCACUCUGGAGCGCUCCCUCCCGGCUGAGAACGAGGCUGCCGUCCCACGUCCCGCCCCGCGUCGUGCCCAGGCGUCGUUUGGUCUUCUCUCAGCCGUCAAGCACAGCCUGAGUGGCAUGAUGGACGUUGACCCCGAGUCCACUCGCCGCACCAACAUUGGCAAAACGAGGGAUAACAUUUCUCAGCUCGAAGACUCGCUGCAGGCAUCGGCCCAGGAUCUCAAGUACGCCUCGACCACGCUACAGGCCGACCUUGACCGCUUCCAGCGCCAAAAGGUCGCCGACCUGCGCCAGCUUGCCAUCGAGUUGUCCACUUUGCACAAGGAAUGGUGUCGCCAGAACCUUGAGGCAUGGAAGGCCGCGCAGACAGCCAUCCGCGAGAUCCCGGACCACCCCAACACACCCCCACCCGGCACUGUUCCCCCACGCGACCCAACCCCUGACCUCGCGGCCAGCAUGGACCGAGAAUUGCCCCCUGUUCCCGACACUUCGUCGUCCAGCACACCUGUCCCUUCCAGCACCAUCGGCGGGUAUGGUGUUGGUGCCACGUCCGUCCCCAGCGCGCUCCGCCUGGGUUCCUCCACCUCCGUGCCGUCCGCCACAUCAUCCGACGUACCCACAUCCCCAUUCAAGAGCGAUCCCCUCUCGGCCGCUGACCAACAGAGCGCGGACCCUCUCGGUAGCCCCACCCCGGCCAAGAAGAACGGCGACGCAAACCCAGUCCCGACUUCGCCCCCUCCCGCCAAGACGCCGUCUCCAGUCUCGCCGGUGUCGCCGUCUUCACCUAUCGCUCCAGUCUCCCCCGUGGCGGCGCCUGAGACUGCCGAGGAGACACCAGCUCCCACUCCCGAGGCGGCUCCUACACCUGCGCCUGAGCCUGUCAAGGACGACAAGGUUGACGACAGCGCAGGUCCCCUGGGUCCCUUAUAG